AGGAACGCCACAGACGAUGGAGAGUAUUUGGUGGGGACGGGAUUGAAUGAUAGAAGCACGAUAAGUAAGGUGUAUAAGUGGAACGGUUUGUCGAGUUUACCUGUGGAUUGGUGGUCAUCUGAUUGGGCGCGUAUGAUUAACGGUACUGAUGCACAGCUCUUUCCACCGUCAUUGUCCACGAAGAAGGAUCUUUUCAUAUUCAUUGGACUUCUCAAAAGAGUGGUUGCGUUAGCAGGCGAUUUGCCGUUGGGUUGUGCUCAGCUGAGUGCUUUUAAAGGUUGUUUACCGACUGGUUUAAUGGAUAUCAGCAGAACGUUGCCCGGCAAAGUUCGAGUUUAUGUUUCCGGAUCACAUUUCCUCAAUUCACCAGCAGUUUUGUAUCAGAAUUUCAGUGGAUUUGGAACACCGUCAACGGAUGAUGAAACAUUCAUUGAUAUCGAACCGGUUAGCGUUUGUUCGAUGAUUUGA